AUGCAUUGGACUGGGAUGGCGGAUGCAGCAGCCGGAAGUGAUAGCGCGGGUGUAGCACCGCAGUACUACGACCUCAGCGCCCCGCUCACCCGCCCCGUCACGACUAUUCAGAUCGAAAAUUUUACGCCACAUAAAGGAAUGAUACCGUCGCUCGUGCUCGCGGAUGGCAGCCACUACUUCGGCCCCGUCAUGGAGGAGGGAAGGUAUCGCAUCCCGUGUGGGUGCGGCAUCAUACUGUUCCAGUAUGAUGGGACGGUGAAGCCAAACUUUACCGUCGCCGAAGCGGCGGCCCCCGAUAGCGGCGGCGGCGGACUCGCUUCCUUCUUCUUUGGCCGAGGUGCUCCACAGGAUGGCGGCGCGAGUCCGGCAUCAGCAGCCUUCAGUGCCUUGUGCAAGCGGUAUCAGCAAGGCGAUCGGUACGGCGGUGACUGGGCCAACGGUACGUUCCACGGUGAUGGCGUGCUGGUGACAAACAGCUUCACCUAUCACGGCACGUGGAUGGAGGGGCAGAUGCAGGGAAAAGGGACCAUCUCUUACUCGCGCAAGUACGUCGAUUACAGACCCCGCAACACGAGCGGUAGCGACGCCUCCACCGGUGGCAGUGGGGUUGGUGAGGGGGUGAGCAACCUGCUGCUGAAGGGACUCUCGUACGUUUCGCCCUUUGAGCUGGUCUCGACUGCUGCGGCGCCGAAGGAGUACAUUGGCGAUUUUGACACCAUUCACUACCGCCAUGGGAUGGGACUGAUGCAGUACUAUAAUGGUGACGUUUACGAGGGAGAGUGGCGCGACAACUGCCGUCACGGCCGCGGGAAACUGCGCAAGAUGGACGGGGAGGUGUAUGACGGUGACUGGGCCUUUGACCAGCGGCACGGCAACGGCAAGAUCAUGUAUCCGAACGGGUCUUACUUCAAGGGCUCCAUGGAGUACGAUCAGCGCAACGGCGAGGGCAUCAUGCGCUUUGCCAAUGGUGAUGAGUUCUUUGGCACCUUCAUGAAGGAUCGCAUUGAAGGGCAUGGAACAAUGCGCUACCGCAACGGCGACGUCUACGAAGGCGCCUGGCGCGACCAGCUGCGCCAUGGACAAGGGAAGUAUACCUUGAAGCGCACAGGGGUGACGAUGCACGGUGAGUUCCAGAGUGGGCUCAUCCACGGACAGGGUACCGUCAUCGUGCCGGGUGUGUCCACCUUCGUCGGCAUCUUUGUGCGCGGUGAGCGUACCAUCGGCACGAUGCACUGGCAUCCACAGCCAUCACAGCAGUCGCAAGGAGAACUCGCCCACGUCGAGGCUGCGGCCGCAGCGACAUUGGAGAGCCCAGAGGCGCCCACGCCGGACGGGACGCUGUUUUCAGACCCCGGCACCAGCAGUCCCAGCGCCACGGCAGCGAUCGCCACCUCCAUCGUGGCUAGCAAAGCAAGCGCCAAGAAGUACCUCUGCUACCAAGGGCAGUGGCAUGGCGAGCACAUGCACGGCAGAGGUCUUCUUUGGUACACGAACGGCGACUUCUACGCCGGUAACUUCCACAAGAGUCACCUCCACGGUGCCGGCAAUAUGCGCUACGCCGCGGAACAGGCUGAGUUUAGUGGGCAGUACGUCCACGGCAUACGGCACGGGCUGGGGCUGUUGCAGUACGCCAACAAGUCCAUUCAGGCUGGACGGUGGCAACAGAACAUCUUCGUGGAGGGGUACGAGGGGGAGUGGGACGGGUCUGUCUUUCAUGGUAUUGGACGGUUAACGAUGCCAGUGGACAUCUUCCUUGCCAUGCGCUCGAGCAACUCUGCCCUGAAGCUGUCGGAGCUGAGCGCGAUGCUGAACAACGGGCCUAGCAUCAUCCCGACAAGCGUGCCGCUCAUCACUGGUGGUGAAGAAGGCCGUAGCGUUGUCAGCGACGGAGCACCAUGGCCGGCAGCAACAGACGCCUUCUCAAGCGGUGCCGCAGUGCGUCGCGCAGACUUGCCGCCUUUCUUCAUCGAGUUUUUUGGCCUAUUCCGUAAUGGUUUACGGGAUGGGCUGGGCAUGCUCAAGCUUCCUGCGCUGAACAGCCUCGUCGGUGGAUCGUGGAAACUUGCAGAAGAACGCAAGUCAGGCAGCGGUGGCGGCCAAGGUGAUAGCGCUGGAGGUGGUGGCGACAGCGAUAGCGCCGCCGGAGCGACCUGCCGCCGAGACAGCACUUCCAGCCGUGCCUCCGUGCCGUCUAUGAUAAUCAAGGGGCGUUGGGUAAGCGAUGUCCUGCACUGCGAAAAGGGUGUAUGGGCCUUUCCCAACGGCGUAGUCUACAUUGGGCGCUUUCGCAAUGGCGCCCGUGACGCUGCCCGCGCGUGCGUCUGGUGCCCAGAUGGGUCAGUACUGGAGAGCGGAUGGUGUGGCGAUGCGCCGAGUGGGGACGGCAUCUGGUACCAGCGUAACCGAGCCAACCCGGUGUACCGAACGAUUGUGCCGAGUCUGCUGCGUCGCUCGCAGUCGCAGCGGUUGUCAGAGAAGAACCCUUCGACGUUGCAGAGCAUCGCGCCCGCCACCGUUGGCGGCCAGAGCGCCCGUGACGCUGCUGGCGCGGAUGGCAAGGGCGCAAGCAGCGCUCUGACGGGCGAUCUUUUUAGCAUGUCAUACCUCUGGGGGCUAAUCGGGUCUGGUCUCAUCGCCCGCGGCUCCACAGGCACUGGAGACGGCGACGGCAGCACGGACGACGAAAGCGACGAUGACCGGCCACGACGGGUACUCGUCGACUUCGGCAACCACCUCACGUUCUUCUGCUCCUGGUGCCCAUACAUGAUGGAUUUGAACACCUACACGGCAGUGGUGCUGCCCCAGAUUGGGAGUCAGACAGCUCCGCUGUCGGAUGGCAUGCCGUGGCCGCAGCUGUACCACUCGCCAAGCAUGUCAGCCGCUGUUUGCACACCGCAACAGUGGGCGGCAGAGACUGCGAAAGAGGGGAGAAGAGCGCAAAAGAACACCGCAGCUGCAGCGCCUCCUGCUGCUGCUGCCGGCAGUGGUAGCGGUGGGUCGAAAGCUUCCAUACCGUGGCCCGUCCCUACGGUGAAGCAAAUCUCCACCUGCGCCAACUCACUUCAUCUAGCGGAAGCACCGUCCAGUGUGCCGAUAGGCCGCGCCAGUGGCUCCGGCGUUGUCUACUUUGACACCGGUGUCGUGCUUGCCGGGGAGUGGCUCGGCAACGUCCCUCGGUUGGCCACCCCAUACCGCCCGUGGUCCGCCUUCGACCACUUCAUCAUGUGGCAGGCGACUCGGGCGUCGUCACGCAACUGUGCCGGCACGGUUCCGCACUUCACCGCGCCGCGGCUGCAGUCGUGCUACACCUCUGUCUUGGCGGCGGCACCAGAGCACAUGAUUGGUGAACCGCGUCGCGCUACUGGCGGGCGGCUGACUGUGAUGUCAUCGCCUCUAGCGACUAACCGCGGCGGCGCGGUUGAAACGCAUGCACCGGUAUCGCCUACCCCACCGCCACUGCCGCCCUCUCCUGAGACACACUGCACGUUGUGCGGGAAGAACUACAGUUUCUUCCGAAAGCGCACGCACUGCACCCUGUGCUUGCGCUCGACCUGCUCUUUCUGCCUGGGCCACAUGGAUACAGAGGGGCCGACCCACCAGGAAGAUGUGAAAGCACUACUGCGUCACGCCUACCUGACAGCGGAGCAAGCGGUGCAGCUCUCGACCGCGGCAGCUGCGAAGACUGCCCUCACAAACGUCAGCGGUAGCGCAACCCGGCCCAUCACCUUUCCGAGUUUCUCUGUAGAGCAAGUUGAUCAUGCAUUCGACAAGAAGAACAUCCCGACGGUGCCUAUCUGUUCUGACUGCAUGCGCGCGGUCCUGUGGAAGCUGCGGUAUACGCAGCUGUGGAUACCGAUGUCGAUGUUCGCCUCCGUUGUCGAAGGCAACAAGCACCAGCGCGAGAUGCAGCGUAACAGCGGUGCCGUGGCUGCCCAUCAAGCUGCUGACAAUGUCCCAAGCGAAAGCGGCACCGCCGGGGGUGACGUCGACGACAGGGCCGCAGAAGCAACCAACAAACUUACCACAGCCGCCUACAGUCAGGAAUCCUCACCGCAGCGCUCGGAUGUUGGGCAGUCCUUGUCUCUCUCUCCCGACCGCCCCGCUCCUUCAGCCGCAGCCUUGGAUGAACGGGAGCACCACCAACAAGGUGGUAUGUUGCUGGAUGGCAGCGACGCACUGCGCUGCGCUGCUACUGCAGACCCCUCCGAAGAAGUCUCAGCUGACGUUUCCGCCCACGCCGUCACGUUAGAGAUGGAUUCUGCAGCCAUCGAUGAAGCGGCGCACGACCCGCUGACCGUCACGCAAGCAAAGGAGACGGCUACUCAAAGCACGCCAUCUACUCCUUCCAUCGGGUCACCCUCGCGCGUCAACGACGGUGCAGUGACUGAUACAUCACCUGCGCCUGCUCCCCCGCCUGUUUCAGCCUCUAGUCGGUCGCUAAGGCCAUCCAGCCACGCCGAGACGAGGUGGCGCACCUGUAGCACGGUCCUGCCGCCGACGCAGUACAUCAUCUACAGCGGCUACACGUCACACACCAUUCCGCACGUCUACGGCGAGCUCUGGUGGGGACGUCAGCACUACUACCGCGGCGGCUUCUGCGCCGGGGAGCGGCACGGGUUCGGCACGCAGUAUAUGCCCAACGGCGAGUGGUACGAGGGCGGCUUUGAGCGAGACGCAUGGCACGGCGAGGGCGUCUACUACCUCGACGACGGCUCCGCGCUGCUCGGCGAAUUCCGAAAGGGCAAGCUGCACGUGGUGCACUACCGCGGUGAGGUGGAGGAGAGUGACGUAGGAGGCGUCCGGCCGCACGGUCGCGGUAUCGGCUACAGCCCAGACGGCUCCACCUACAACGGCGAGUGGGUGCAUGGCCAGCGUCACGGCACUGGCAUGCUGCACCUGGCCGACGGUAGUUCCGUGUACAGCGGCACAUUUGUGUCCGAUGCGAUGGAGGGGAUGGGCAAACUUGUAACGAUCAGCGGGGCCUACUACGGCGAAUUUACUGAGAAUAGGCAGAACGGCAAAGGGCUCCUCUUCACCGCCAACUGCGUGGUGGAAGGAUCAUGGGUGCAGGGCACCUCCUCUGGCUUCACGCGCAUCUACGAACGUGCCACCGGUGAGGUGUACGAGACGACCUACCACGACGGCAACGAGCGGGACGACUGUUUCACCGCGCCAGUGAUGAUAGAGGACGAUGACGCCGUCGAGUGUGGGCAGUGUGGUAUGGCCUUCUCCUUCUUCCACCGCCGACACCAUUGCCGCCUCUGCGGGGAUGUUUUCUGUGACUCCUGCACACAGCACCGCGCGACGCUGCCAUCGAGUGUCACAGGAAACGGCGGUCCGAAUGCGAAGAGAGACUCCGGCAGCCCCAGCGCAUCGGUGGUGAAUGGGCAGCAGCUGCGCGUGUGCGAUGCCUGCUUCUUCCGCCUCUCCCAGCGCCGCAUGAUCGCUCUGCGCCGCUACGCCGACGGGAGUGUGUAUGCCGGUUGCUGGAGUCAGGGGCAGUGGGUGUCUCGGGGACUGUACUGCCGGCCAGACGGUGUGUUCGUGGUGAUGGACGCCCACGGUCACGCUCUCCUGCCGCUAGUGCACAUCCCAAAGGCGAAAGACCAGCUCCAAGGCGACGCAAGCGGGGCUAUUCAGGAGUCGGCGAAGCCGAGCGCGGUGCCGCCUGCUCGCGGCCUCGGCGUUGGCCGCCGCCCGUCGCGCACCACCGGUCUGCCUGUCUCGUCAUCCAUCCUUCAGGAUGCUGCCCCGGCAAAGGAACUUCUCGAUGGCGUCGCGGAGAGCUCGUCUCGUAAGGACCUUGACGCAUUCCUGCUCUGGUGGGCAACGACGCGCAGCCGCUGCGCCCUGCAAGUUCCGCUGGACAUCUCGCUCGUGACGCACUACCAGCGCAUGCCGGCACAGAUGCUGCGCGGCCAGGAGGCCACGGUGAGGGCUGGCUCGGAUGUCGCCAUGUAUUUGGCGGCACCGGCGCGCUGCACCCUCGAGACACCCCGCACACCCUCUCUCACGCCUAUCCGGUUGUUUGUCACACUGGCCGACUCGCGGCGGGAGAUGCGGGCAAUGGUAGAGGGCGAACUGGAGCGUACCUCUGCCAGCGCAGCGUCGCCAACAACAGCCGCAACGGCUGCGUCAGAGUCAACUCUGUCGACAGAAGAAAAACGCACCAUGGACAGUGACGUGGAGGCGGCGGCGUUGCGAGCGUCCAGGUUCAUGCCGGUUACAAUACCUCGCGCUCCAAUGGUGCCCAUCACUCCUGCUACGAUGCCCGUCACGAGUGCGUCGGAACUGCCGACAGGGACUCCAACGAUUUACCCCGGCAGCUUCCACCCCGAGCACCACGUGCCGGGCGCAGAUCCGCCGCAGGUGUGCAAUGUGGAUGCCUGGGUGACACGCCCGCCCCCGUCGAUCGAUCCCGACGACAUCAGCGAUGAAAAUCUCGUAAAAAUGAUACAGGCGGAGAAGCUUUCCUGGUCAACAGAUGCAUCAGACGACAAGCACGCCGCUGCAUCAACCAUUCAAUCCCUCAUGCCACCUACACCGGCCCCUCCCCCACCCGGAUUCAACACCACGGUGUCCUGGGAUGUCUGGACAACGCGGGACGUGCCUCGCUACACCCCUCCGCUGCGGACGGCAGUGGCAGCAGGAGCCAGACCAGCCGACCAUUCACCGGUGGAAAAAGCCGCAGGUAGUGGCGAGGCCACUGCGGCGCCUCCGCCGAUCCUGCGCAGUGAGGCAGACAUGUACUUUGCUUGUCCAUUCUGGGGCCCGACCGUACCAGACGCUCAGUUGCUCCUGGAGCAGGGCAAGAUGGCGCAGGUGACGAAGCUGAUGCGCCGUCUCCAGCAACAACACAGCCAAACCCUGAAUCCGCAGCAACAGCAGCAUCAGGAGAAGCAAGGGAGCGACAGCGGUAGCAGUGACUGCGACAGCGCGGGGAGCGACUGCAGAGGCGCUACCACGAGUGGUAGAGGGAAGACCCAACGAAGUAGUGUAGCAGACGCCCUGCUGAGUACGCUGCAGAGCCCGCAGGGCGGCUCCACCAAUGCCAGCGCCUCCUCCUGGGAGGCUGGUCAUCUGUUCUCACCAGAGCAGCGAGCGCAGUGUGGCGAUGGAUGGGCACCAACUCCGAUGCGUGGUCCAUUCGUCUUUGACAUUUCCACCCAUGAAAAGCGCCGAAGCGCGGAUGGGCUGCGCUGGUAUGCAAAGGUAACGCAACGAGAGGUAACAAACUUUUAG